UCCCCCUCCCAAAAUACCGGCUGCCGUUUCACCACCCACCGCUCCCGAAAGUACAGCCUCAGUUGUUCCCGUUUUCACCGUGGCUUCAGCGCAUGCUCUGUUUCGAGCAGGGGGAAAAUCGCGCUUCCAUGCUGGUGCCAGCUUCGGUCCUGUGAGUGUGCAGCUGAAGCUAACUUCCCAAGACCUGCGAUUUCGGCGAAGCAACUCGGAUUCUCGUCCAUUCCGGCAUCUGGGGUUGAGUAUGUCUGCAAAUAGUGAUGCAUCGAGUGGCCGUCCAUUAUGUCGCUGUGGAGCUGUAGCGUUCGUAAGGUAUUCCUGGACAAAUGAUAACUACAGCAGAAAGUGGUAUGGGUGCGAAAAGUAUAAGCAAGUUGGUGAUUGUGGCUUCUUUCUUUGGGCUGACAACGAGAUGACAACUUACGAAAAAAGAAUCAUGCGACGCUUGAAGGAUAUAGAAGAGCAAACCCGGGCAGAAAUUAGUAGACUUGAAAAAUUGUUGGCUGCCGAACAAGCACAGUAUAGAACACACCUAGAAAACAUGUUUCAGUCUAGGGAUGAGAUGUGGAAAUCUCUGGUAGCGAAUAACCAGUCUAGAGCAGUCAAGUUCCAAUUUAAACAAAUGACGUAUCAAGCAGUCUUAGCUUUGCUUGUCUUGCUAGUGUUCCUUUAUGUUGGCGGUUACAAUGCAUCUAGUGGUAGCAAGUUGAUGUUAAAAUGAAUUAUUUCAUACUAAAUUGUAGAUACUUGACCGUUGUAACUUAUAUUUUUUGAUGUUUUGUAUUAAUUGUGCUACUCCUUUUACGCAAUCAUUGUAAUUUAUAUCCGCUUUUUCUUGAUAUACAACG